AUGAGCAGAUUGCUCGAGGAAUCCAAUCCACAGUACUAUGCCGAUGAAAACCACUUUCAAUUAGUUCCUGCUUGGGAAUAUCAUCCAAGAAACGAAACCUAUAAUGAAAGCACAGAAGGAGACCUGCAGACCGUUGUCCCUCUGAAAGCUGGAGUUGUCAUGGGCUCCCUCCUCACCUUCUCUACUAGCAACCCGAAUUUUGAUAGCGCUGCACCACAGGACUUCCUUGAGAACGACAGAUCUAUCGACUUGAUCCAGUUCCUCUCUAUCGCUCAGCAUACCAAGACCGACUUUUUGCCGAUCACAUGGGCACCCUUUGAGGAACUCGCUGGCAGAGGCGGAUCCGCUCAAAUCAGCCAGUCACAGAUCAACAUUCAGACAAGCUUUGCGUUCAAACGUUUCUCGGAACCUAGAACUGAUGGGGCUGAACUGGUCUUCAAGGCUUUGGCUUCUGAAAUUCGGGUCCUUCAGAAUCCGCACACACGAUCCAGCCCUCACGUAGUCAAUUUGCAAGGCAUUUGCUGGGAAUUCGACGACCCAAGUGGCACCAUAUACCCAGUGCUAGUUUUUCCCAAGGCCGAAUAUGGAGAUCUAUAUACAUACUUGCGUCGCCAAGACGAUGUUAUUCAUGGAGACAUCAAGCCUCAAAAUGUCCUACUGUACAAGUCCUCAGACGGGCCGCCAGUGGUAGCCGUCACAGACUUUGCAUACUCUUGUCUUGGCCGAAGUGAGACUGACAUUGUACGGUUACCUAGAUCGCCACCUUGGCAAGCGCCUGAGUGGCACCAUCGAGGCUUUCCCAUCGCUCAUGCCAAGAAAAUGGACAUAUAUUCGUUCGGCAUGCUUUGUGCGUGGGUGUUGUUUGGGAGGACCAUGUUGGAACUGAAGACUGAACGUGCACAAAUAGAGGACUGCCAAGCUGGAAGUAUUGAGGCUUUACUGAGUGACUUGAAACAGCGCCAGGUGCUAUUUGAGACUCUGUGUGAGAUCAUGAAACAAGAUCUCCCAGAUGAUCCAGAACGUAGCCAAAGACUAGUCCAUUUCUUUGCCAAGACGAUCUGUGAUGAUCAGGAUCAAAGAGUGCCAGAUAUUGGAAGUCUCAUUUCAUAUCUUGAUCCACUCUGUGGUCUUUCAUCCUUCUGUCAAAGCACAAACAAAAAUCUCUUUGAGAAUGAAGAAGAGGAUACCACAGAUUUCAGGAUUCCUUCGUCGCUCUUGCAGCUUGUUUGGGGAGACUUCCGCCUUCGCACAAUGAUCUACAACGGUCUCAAAGCCAGAGACCAUCGCGGUUCUACAACAACCCAGAAACGUGCAGCUUUCCAGUUGGCGAUUUGUUAUCAUAUAGGAUUUGGGACAGCCAGAGAUACGUCGCAAGUAGAGUAUUAUCUCAAGCUGUGCUCAAAGUGUACGGAGGAUCUCCGGGCUGCCGUCGCCCAGGUUGAAGAUCAAAGGGUUUUCCAGCCUGGGAAGUUUCUGGAGCUGUGGACAAGCGGAUUUAUCAGUCCUGUCCAAUAUCCACAGCAUUAUCGAGAUCACGGACAGCAAGUUCUAGCGAAGAAAGAAUACGCAAGGACGAUUGCUGAGUUUGAGAUCGCGUUUGGGGGUCAACAUUUCCUGGUCCAAAAUCUGAAGGAAAUACUUGCCGAUAUUUUAGAAGACGAGGGAAGGGAUGACGAGGCGGUUGAGUUGCUCAACGGAGUUUUGGCAUGCAGGCAGAGAAUUUCCAAAGUGCAUCCCGUCACAUUGGCAGUGGAGACGCGUCUGGCGUCUGUCCUAGAAAGACAAGGGAAGUUCGCAGAGGCCGAAAGGCUAGCAUCAUCGGCUAUGGCCAAGAGCAAGGAAUUACUAGGUCCAAAUCAUCCACAAGUGAUCCUGGGCCUGGCCGGUCUAUCCUCAGUCUUCGAAAAACUACAACGCUGGCGGGAAGUCGAAGAACUCGACCGACAAGUUUUGGAAUUCUAUAUAAGCAUGUUUGGAGAGGAACAUCCAAACACAAUCAAGGCGUGA